GCAGGGAGGGGCUGCUUUCCAGGAGGAAGUGGUCACACACCUUCUGCAGCAGGUGCUGGGGACACUGCAGGGCCAGCUGGCCAGCGGCUGAGACCACACGCCCGCCCCCCGCCCGCCGGCCCGCCCGAGGAGGCGAGGAGGUGAGGAGUCGGCCCGGCAGUGGGGAGCAGCCUGCCUGGAGGAGGAAGGGGAGGAGGAGGAGGAUACAGAAGCCAGAGGGCAGGAGCCACUCCUGGACGGCCAGUGGCAUUUUUAGCCCGGCCAUGUCCACCCAGGCGGCCGGGAACCAGACGCCGUCCGGGCAGGCCGAGGAGGACGCCUAUGGCAGCUGGUACAUUGACGAGCCCCAGGGGCCUGGCGCAUCCCAGCCGGAGGGGGCAGUGCCCGCCUGCCACCCCAGCGUGUCGCCCGGCCUGCUGCACGCCUGCCUGACCUCGUUGUCGCUCCUGGCACUGUUGCUGCUGGCCGUGCUGCAGAGGCGCUCCCGGCUCUGGCCCCACUGCUGGAGAGGCAGGCCUGGACUGCCCAGCCCUGUGGAUCUGUUGGCCAAGGACGGCCCCUGGGCGGUGCCGGCUGCCGCGCUCGUGGUCGUCUUCAGCUCGCUGUGCCUGCUGCUCCCCGGCGAGGACCCGCUGCCCUUCCUGACCCUGGCCUUGCCUCCAAGUCCAGAUGGGGAACCUGAGACCCCAGGAGGGCCCUGGAGGAUGCUGGCCUUGCUCUACUACCCUGCCCUCUACUACCCCCUGGCUGCCUGUGCCCCGGCCGGGCACAGAGCUGCGCACCUGCUCGGCAGCGUGCUGGCCUGGACCCACCUUGGGGUCCAGGUCUGGCAGAGGGCAGAGUGUCCCCAGACACCCAAGAUCUACAAGUACUACUCCCUGCUGGCCUCCCUGCCCCUCCUGCUGGGCCUUGGAUUCCUGAGCCUUUGGUACCCGGCGCAGCUGGCACGAAGCUUCAGCCGCAAGCCAGGAGCAGGCUCCGAGGGGUGGCAGAGCGGCUCCCACGAGGAGUAUCUGAGGAGCCUCCUGUGCCGGAAGAAGCUGAGACACGGCACCUCCAAGCACGGCCUGCUGUCACGGGCUUGCCUCGGCACCAGACGCUACAUCUACACUCCCCAGCCAGGGUUCCGCCUGCCUCUGACGAUGGUGCUUUCAGCCACCCUGACGGGGACAGCUGUUUACCAGGUGGCCCUGCUGCUGCUGGUGGCUGUGGUCCCCACCAUGCAGAAGGUGAGGGCGGGCGUCACCACGGACGUGGCCUACCUGCUGGCCGGCUUUGGGAUCGCGCUGUCUGGGGACAGGCAGGAGAUCAUGGAGUUGGUGAAGCACCAUCUCUGGGCUGUGGAAGUUUGCUACAUCUUGGCCUUGGCCUUAUCCUGCUCGCUCACCUGCCUGGUCCUGGUCCGCUCACUGGUGGCACACAGGGCCAACCUACGGGCUCUGUACCGAGGGGCUGCCCCAGAGCUGGGCCCCCCGCCCCAGAGACCCCAGCCUUCCCGCCGAGCCAUAUUCUGCUGGAUGAGCUUCAGCGCCCACCAGAUGGCUUUCACCUGCCUCGGGCUCCUGGUGCAGCAGCUCAUCUUCUUCCUGGGGGCGGCGGCCCUGGCCUUCCUGCUGUUCCUCCCCGCAGUGCACUCCAGCAACCGCCUGCUGCUGCGGGCCCUCCAGUCUUCCUGGCACUUCUGGCUGACUCUGGCCCUGGCGCUGAUCCUGCAGAAUGUGGCAGCCCGCUGGGCCUUCCUGGACACUCGCCACGGACACCCAGAGCUGACCAACCGGCGAGCGCUGUACGCGGCCACCUUCCUCCUCCUCCCCGUCAACUGGCUGCUGGGCGCGCUGGGGGCCGCCUGGCGCGUGCUGCUGUCCGCCCUCUACAACGCCGUCCACCUGGGCCAGAUGGACCUCAGCCUGCUGCCGCCCAGAGUGGCCACUCUCGACCCAGGCUACCACAUUUACCGGAACUUUCUGGAGCUGGAGGCCAGCCAGUCACAUCCGGCCGUGUCCGCCUUCUGCAGUCUACUGCUGCGGGCACAGGGGCGCCAUCCCCGGCCGACGUGGGCUCCUGCCGCCCCCCAGGACAGCCUCAGACCCAGGGAGGAGGAGGAGGAGGAAGGUGCACCCUCGCCCUGGGAACAGCAGGGGGUUGCAGCUGCUACAGACAAAGGAGGCGGCGGCCAGGGGAGCAGGGCCCAGGGCCGGCCGCUGCAGGGCCCGCUGGGGCCUGGCCUACACGCUGCUGCGCAACCCCGGCCUGCAGGCCUUCCGCAAGGGGGCCCUGUCGGCCGCCUGGGCCAAUGGCACGCAGCCCUGAGGGCGGGCACGGCCCACCGCUCUCCCUCCCACACAUCCUGCUCCCCCACCCUCAGCUCAGCACAGCCCCGCCAGCAGGACCUGCCCCCCCCCCAAGGCUGCUUGGGUAGGGAGGGGCCAUCUGUGCUGAGAGCCUGGGGAGAGCUUGGCCUGCCCAUGGCCUUGGGGGCCAGCCAGGACUCUGACCCGUUAGGCGCUUGGUCCAGGAGCCAGCAGCCAGCCACUCCCGGGCCUCUUCCCCACCCUGGCUCGGCCGCCAGCCUACAGGCCUCACCAAAGCCUUCUCCUGACCGGCCUUUCGGUGCAGCCCCGCCGUGGGCCAGCCGCAUGUUCCCUCCGCACCCAGCUGCCCUCCCCUCUGGCCCGCAAGCAGGGAGCCAGGCCAGGCCCCUGGGCAGCAGGUGUGUUUGCAGUUUCGCUGCCCUGAACGAGGCCACUGUGUUCCCUGCAAUAAACUCGAACCGAGGAACAAGCCUCCUUGUGGGGGAGGGCACCAGGCAGGAGCUGGGGAGCAGGAAGGGGCGUCCCCCACCCCUGGGUGCUGGGGGCUGACCCAAAGGCAGCUUGGGGGUGCAGAUCGGGGCGUCUCUUAAACCCCACCACUGGAUGUGUGAGUGAGGGAGCGGCUUGCGGUGUGGCCCCCACCCUGGGGCUGGGACUUGCAGAGGCUGGGGGACCGCGGCCACCCGACCAAUAUGGCUCCAGGAGAGAUGGGCGCCCCACACCCAUACCCAGGCUCUCACCUACACCGUGGCCGCCCUGGGCCAGCGAGCUGGAGGCUGCCCCCACCUCCCAGGCUCUGGCCCCACUGCAGCCAGUUACAGAAUGUCCCAGUCUGUGGCCACAGGGAGAAGCCCAGGAAGCAGCGGGCGGGCGGGGCUGGUGAGUCAGAGCCCUGGGCCUACUCCACGGGAGGGGUGGGGCACACGGCUGACAGCAGCCGUGAAGGUGCAGAGGCUGGUGCUGGAGAUGAGUGGCUCCAAGAAGGGUCAGGGAGGGGUGGGCAGCCCCAGAGGGGCCUGUGAGCCACAGGCCAGGGCAGCAGAGACAUCAGAGCGGCACAGCUGCGGCCCUUCUCCCGGAAGCCACGCCCACUCCCUGGGACCGGGGCCGGAGACAGUCCAAGUCCAGUUAGAACAGUGGUCAGGCCUUGGAGCCUCACCCAAGGCGGCUCAGUGCAGGGCCUUGCUGCCCCUUGCAGACUGGAGUCUUCCAGGAGCUGCCGGGGCCGGGGAGGCGGAGGCGGAGGUGGAGGCGCUGUGUGUGCGCCAGAAGGCGGGGCAGGGGCUGGCGGCUGGCCAGGCCCCACGGUCCUCCAGCCUCCACUCUGCUGAGCUCAGCAGUCCUGGGGGCUCCAGGCAGGGGGUGGCGCCUCUGCCAUGGUCCCUCAGUGUUGCAACUGGGAGGGAGGAAGGAGCUGUCACCCAGCUCAGUCGGGGGCUCUGACCCCACGCGGGAGCUCCCCGUCCUGGGAGACCCCCACCCCCGGCACCUUCCUGCGGGAGCGGCUUUCCCUCCUGGCCUCUCCAGGCGUCCUCCGGCUCUCCCCUCUCCCUGUUCCGAGGGCCCCAUCUCCUCCUCGCCUUGGCUCUCACCUCCUGUUCAUUCCUAACACCUCCCCCAGGACUGGGCGGGGCCAGAGAUGCUGCAGCCCAGGCCCCUCUGCUCCCCCCACCCCUCCCCAUUUCCCAAAUGCCUGAGGCCGAGCCGCAGCUGGCUGAAAGCCCUGCUUGGGUCACCAGCGCCGGUGAGCCUCUGCGGCUGGCGUCAGGAAGCUCCCGGCGGGGGCUGCGUGGGCCCGAGUAGGCAGGCGGGCUGGCCGUGCCGCCCCUGCCGCCCCGCGUGCCAGUCCUGCCAGUGGCUCCUAGCAGCAGACACAGCUCCAGGCAGACGCGAGGGAGCAUCGGCCAUGCUGUUUAUUGCUCUGCAGCCCCCCCGGCCAGCCGGCUUCCCAGGAGCAGGCUACAGGUGUGCGCUUGGAGAGGCAGGUGUUCCAGGACUGGGGGGGGGGGG